AUGCUGGUUGAGCCAGUUUCAGCUGAUGUAGAUGGACCAGUAGAAGCUGUUGAUGCUGGUGUAGCUGUUGGAGCUCCAGUUGGGCCAGUUCCAGUUGAAAUUGAGCCAGUUUCAGCUGAUGUAGAUGGACCAGUAGAAGCUGUUGAUGCUGGUGUAGCUCCAGUUGUUGUUGUUCCUGUUGGUCCAACUGUCGUUGUUGGUGCUGUUGAUGACACUCCAGGUGUCGAUUCACAUGUACAGUAACAAACUGGAGGGGUUGUUGGUACUCCGCAUGUUGUUUGCCCAGCAACAAAAUUUAUUAAUGAGAAUAGGAUAGGAAUUAGAUUUAUUACUCUCAUCUUACUAUU